UUAAUUACACGUUAUGAGAGAGACAUUUGGGCUGCCAGUGAAUGGCUAAUUGUGAGCUCGUGUGCAUGUGACACGGAGCAUCUGAUAAAUAGUGGGACCCCGCUAGUGAGAGGAGCAGAGAUGGAGCACAAGGCUAGUGUGAGGGCUGUGUUGGUGCUCCUUGCUUGCUGCCUUCAGGAGGUUCGCGCUCAAUUCCCUAGGCCGUGCGUGACGGUGGAGGCGUUAACGUCUAAGCGCUGCUGCCCUGCUCUGGGCUCCGAUCCCAACAACGUAUGCGGCUCCCUGGAGGGUCGGGGCCAGUGCACCCCUGUGGCUGUAGAUGAGCGACCCUGGAGCGGACCCUAUAACUUGCGCAACGUGGAUGAUCGGGAGCGCUGGCCGCUGAAGUUCUUUAACUCGACCUGCAGGUGCACAGGCAACUUUGCAGGAUUUCAUUGCGGGGAAUGCAAAUUUGGCUGGACUGGACCCAGUUGUGAGCAGAGGAAGCCUCCUGUUGUGCGAAAAAAUAUUCAUUCAUUGACUGCGCAGGAGAGAGCCCAGUUCUUGGAUGCGCUGGAUCAGGCCAAGAAUACGAUUCAUCCUGACUAUGUGAUUGCUACUCAGCAUUGGCUAAGCAUUCUUGGGCCCAAUGGAACAGAACCACAAGUGGCAAAUGCUAGCAUCUACAACUACUUUGUGUGGCUCCAUUACUACUCUGUCCGGGACACAUUGCUCGGGCCGGGACGUCCCUUCACUGCAAUUGACUUCUCCCACCAGGGACCAGCUUUUGUUACUUGGCAUCGUUACCACCUGUUACUGCUGGAAAGGGAUCUUCAGAAAAUGAUUGGCAAUGAGUCCUUUGCUUUGCCGUACUGGAAUUUUGCAACGGGAAGGAAUGAGUGUGAUGUUUGUACUGACGAGUUAUUUGGGGCACCCAGACUGGAUGACCCGAAUCUGAUAAGUGCUGGAUCCAGGUUCUCGCGGUGGGGAAUCGUGUGCAACAGUUUGAAUGACUACAAUCGGCUGGUGACCCUGUGUAAUGGAACUAAUGAAGGGUUCCUUCAGAGAAACCCUUUGGGUGGUGGAGGAGGAAGACUUCCAUCCGUGGAAGAUGUACAGAAAUGUCUCUCGCUGAACGAGUUUGAUAAUCCUCCUUUUUUCAGGAAUUCCACUUUCAGCUUUCGGAAUGCCCUUGAAGGAUUUGAUGAACCAGAUGGAACAUUAAACUCAACAGCAAUGAGUCUUCACAACCUCGUCCAUUCUUUCUUAAAUGGAACAAGUGCGCAAUCACACUCUGCCGCCAAUGACCCCAUUUUUGUGGUGCUGCACUCUUUUACUGAUGCUGUCUUUGAUGAAUGGAUGAGACGCUUUCAGCCAUCAGAUGUUGCCUGGCCUCAAGAAUUGGCUCCAAUAGGGCAUAAUCGUAUGUACAACAUGGUGCCAUUCUUUCCUCCUGUUACCAAUGAAGAGCUUUUCUUGCCAGCUGAACAGUUAGGCUAUGUUUAUUCUAUCGACCUACCAGCUUCCCUUGAAGACGCACGUGCAGUGGCUGUCCUGGUUGGCUCCACUGUUGGUGGCAUUCUUCUUGCCUUGCUACUACUCUUGCUUCUCCUAGUGCUUUUCAUGCAAAGAAAACGCCAACAAGGCUUUGAGCCCUUGAUGAAUGCUACCUUUACCAACAAAAGAUACACAGAGGAUGCAUAACAUUAAAUUGUAACAAUAUAAACCAGUAUCUCCGUGUGUAUUUACCAUUAUGUAAAUAUAUUAUUAAAGUGGUCACCUCUUUUGGUUUAUGGAAAAAGCUAAAAAUAAUUGUCACUUUUUUUGUAUUUUUUUUUUUUUUUUGUAUUUAGAGCUUUUAGAUUUUCUUUCUAAAAUAUUUAGGUAAUCUGGUCUUCCAUAAAAAGCAGAGGACCAUGGUAUGGGUACCCUGUAUUAGUUUGAACUAAAUUCCCAGCGUCUUUGUAGGCAGUUUGCCAAGAACUGCAGUUAAAUAAAAGCUGGAGGUUAGUUAUUGUCUAUUGUGCUCUUCACUAAAUGUAAAACUGUGGUGUGUUUUUUUUUUUGUUUUUUUUUUUUUAUUCUCCCCCUGCAUUUAUCAUUGCUCUGAUGUGGUUACAGACCAACUGGAAGAUUUGAGAGCACUUUAUCUCAACCAAACUACCUAAGGAUAUGUUCAGUUCCCUAAUCUGAAAUGGGUUAUAUACAUAAACCAGAAUAUUGAUUCCUGUAAUAUUUCCAAAGAAUAUUAAAUUGUUACAUCUGAGUUCCCUGUAUAUACUGGACUUGACUGGUCUACAGUAACAAACUAACUUGAGCAAGUUGUCACAUUUUCAAAGUAUUUUGAUUAAAAUUAGAGGGGCAAUUA